CUAAUAUUGUCUUACCCUUUUAACUCAAGUCUUAACAAAUCCGCCUACACAAGUUGUAUAUAUGUGUGUUUGUUUUAUUUGUUUCGUCUCUCUCUUCUCACUUUGCUUGCUUCUCUACUUUCCUCCACAUCAAGAGAGAGAAAUAACAAGGCAGUCUCAUGGAGGAUUACAACAAUGAUUCUUCCCAACACGAUGAGUCAGCAACGGUUGAUAAGAAAUAUGGUGGGCUUGUUCCAAAAAAGAAGCCUCUAAUAUCUAAGGACCAUGAGCGGGCUUUUUUUGACUCGGCGGAUUGGGCUCUAUGCAAGCAAGGUGCAGGAAUUGAUCAAAAAUCAACAAUUGCUAUCGAGACCUUGCGACCAAAAUUAAAGAAAACUCCUCAUCAGCAAUUGCCACCUCGAAGACCUGCUUGUACAUCUUAAUUAAUUGCAAGUCAUUCUGUAUUUAAUUUCUACACAAUAUAUACACUACUAUAUAUGCUUUGGAAAAAUAUUAUUCAGUCGCAAUUUGCACA